GGUAUAAAAGACUAACAACGAUGGUCCUCAUUCGAUUGGCAUCUGAUGAUCCAUCUGGAUAACACAUUUAUAACUCAUUUAAUUCUUACCGAAGCAAAACGGUUAAAAACACACAAUGAAUCAACUGAGCAAAUGUUUAAGCAAAAACUAUGGAGUGUCAUUUAGGUCACAGUAUGGAUUGUUAACGCGUUCAGAAUUUGUUUUACGUAACAGCACAAGCCAAAUACAUAAUACCCUGCAGUGGAAUUUGACACUGAAACUCAGUUCACACCACGGGAAAAGAUGUUUACACAUCGCUGCUAGUGCACAGUUACCUGGAAGCCGGGAUGGAACACCUCACAAACUGCCAUCUUUGGGCCAAAGUUUGGCUAUUUCUAAGAAAUUGACACUUUCACAGAUUAACAGUUGCAGACAGUUUUCAUCCUCAAGUUUCUUGUUCUGUGAAAGAAAAGAUUCCGAGGAUAAAAAAUCAGCAAAUAGUAGUUCCAGCGAGGUAACAGAAUCAACAGGCGAUGUUGAGGUGAAGCUGACUCAGCGUCAGAGACUUAAGCGGGCAGUGAAAGAAUACGGUCCAGUUGUCAUCGUUUUCCACAUCUGUAUAGCGCUGAUAUCCCUGGGAUUUUUCUACUUCUUGGUAUCCAUGGGAGUUGAUGUCAUAGGCAUUCUUAGAAAAUUGGGAGUGUCCGAGAAAAUCUUAGAAUCGGGACUUGCUACUGGUGCGAGUACAUUUGUAGUAGCUUAUGCCGUGCACAAGUUGUUUGCUGUUCCCAGAAUCGGAAUAACACUGACCUGUGCACCAAUGGUUGUUCACAAACUUCGAAAACUUGGGGUUUUUAAACCUCCCAAACCCUAAAUAUCAGUUGUCAGGAAUUAAGUCCUUUCUUAUAGGUGGAUAUACGUGAAUCAAAGAUCUUGAACUUGUUUCUACAAAUCUGCCAUAAUCAUCACUUACAUGUAUUAAGUCUGGAUCAAUAUUGUGAUCAUAUUUUAUUUUAUGACAAAAAUUAAAUAUGGUAAACAUUAUAAGAAGUUUUAAUAUUUAUUUAAUGUAUACAGCUUAUGUAACGUUUGAUGCAAGUGACUAAAGGCACCUAGAAAUUAAUACAUGUAUAUACCGGUACAUGUAUGUACAUCAUCGUCAUGUAUUUGUAUUUCAUUUCUCUGAUGGAGACUUUUUAUGCUAACAAUUAAGGAAAUUGAAAAAACAAGCGAUUCAUAAGGAAAGCAUUCAUUAUACUACAAAAAUAAAACUGCCCACUAAAAAAUGGAGUUAGAUUAUAUCACACUGGUGAUACAGAAACUUACAGCUUUCUGUUUGGUUGGACUUUGUUCAGACACAUGGUGCUUUUAAUUAAAAAUCAAUGACUCCAUAAGUACAUGCUUCUUUUCAUGUUUAAUAUACUGUACAUUGUAACUUUCCCUAAAACCCAACUCUCUUUCCCCUACUCAAUGGAUCUCCAAGCAGUCAUUUAUAUCUCUGUAAACUGGGAUUAUCCAAUCAACAAAUACAUUGUCUUCAUGUCCAGUGCACGUAUUGAUGUCAGUCCAGUGUGCCGAUAGAAACCAUGUUGUAGUUAUACACGGUCUCAUUACUGUAUCUGCCCCAUCUCCCACUCCCCAUUUAUUUGCGUAGCCAGUUGCCAUAUAGAAUUUCUUUUUUAUUUUAUUUUUUUUGGGGGGGGGGGGAUCAAUUGAAAUUCAUGAUUUGUUAAUUAUUUUUGUAAAUUAUUAAAUAUACAUUUUGUCUAAGAAUCAUAAUUUCAAUCAAUACAUUAGAACAGGGAAAAUAUUUGUUUGCCAGAGGGUCCAAUGCCAGGUUUUGGUCAUUUUACUAAAAUUUUACUAUAAUAAUGUUAAUUUGAUAAGUAAGGGGGAAAAU